AUGUUCAAAACGCUUAGACUCCGUAAAAAUUCCAAAAAAGUAUCAAACAACGUAAUAGGAGUAUUUAAAUUUGAAAAUAAGAAAAAAAGCAAUAUUGAUGUUAAAGAUAGAGAAAUUGGCGAGAUUAUAGAUUCAAAUGCUUCUCUACCACAAAUUCCAGAUAUUAUAGAAGAUUUCAAAAAAGAAACCAGCGAUGAAUUUGAUCAAAUUCUACAUAAAUAUUUAUAA